CAGAGCAACGGAAUCAGAAUCAGAAUCGUGCGCGAUUAAACGUAACAACAAAAAACAUAUAGACACACACAUAUACACGUGUCUGAAGUUCAGUGACAAGCCCCAAAUCGGGAAUCUAUAUAUAUAUAUUUUAUAUAGAAUAUAUCAAGCAGCCGCGGCAUAAUCAAUUCGUCUGGCCCCCCCCAGAGUUCACACAGAGCAAAUACAAAAUAAAAAAUAAAAACUAUUGUGCAAAGUGCGUUAAAGUGCGGAAGAACCCUGCAAAGAAUAAUACCUGCGACAAUUAAACGGAAGUCUACAACAAUCAACAAUAUGAAGCUGUUUGCAGUAUUGCUGGCAUUGGCGCUGUACGCCCUGACGGUGGUCCAGUGCCUCAGCCUGCCCGAUCCCAAUGUGAAGUGCGCCAUGGAUUGUGAUACGCAGGAGUAUGCGGCAAUUUGUGCCGCCGAUGACAAGGGCACCACCAGGACCUAUCGCAAUCUGUGUGUAAUGAAGACGGAGAAUUGCCUGCAGAGUGCCAGCUUCCAAAAGAUCAGCGACAAGGAGUGUCCUUAAAAGCAGCGCUAGUCCAGCAGGAUGAUGAACUUAAUCGAUGAGGGAGGAUGCUGGAGGGAGUCUUCUUUCUGGCGUGGUAUUUGUGUGUGAUAUUUUUAAGUUGUACUUCAGCGGAAUACAGAACACGCCCCCCAACGUAAUGCAUAACUACAAUAUACCGUAUUCUAUAAUUCUAUAUUAAUUUUAAAUAUUAAAUAAAGUAAUCUAAAUACGCACCUUA